AUGCAUGUCUAUUCUAUUCAGCAGAUUCUUGAGGUGCAGUCGCUGUACAGGGAUGCGCCGUAUCCCGGCUUUUCGUUGGAGGAGGCGUGCCGGCGGAAGAGGAUGACGCAAACGAAGCUUGUGCGUGGGGCCAACGCGUGGGUGGCCCGGGGCUCGGCGAAGACGACGGAGGAGUGGGUGGAGCGGCUGGUGCAGGGUUCCCUCAAUAAACUUAGCACGGCAAACUUUGACGCCAUGGUAGCAAAGUUGCAGACCGAUGUUAUUUUCUCCACAAACGAAACGUUGAAAAUAGCGGUGCAGAUUAUCUUCAAUAAGGCCCUGGAUGAGCCGGAGUGCAGCAAGUUGUACGGCGGGGUUUGUUACAAGCUUGCGGAGUUUGAAGUAGGCCUCACCGCGGUGCAGCAGCCAACGGACGGCAAGAAGCACUCCAAGCUGCGCAACGCUGUGGUUGGAAUUGCGCAGGAGGAGUUCCUGAGCCGGCGGAAGAUGCCGUCGAUGGAGGGUCUCACGGAGGAUGAGAUGGAGCUGCGGCGCGCCACCUUCAUGCGACGCAAGCGCGCAAACAUGAAGUUCAUCGGGGAGCUGUUCAUGCACAAAGUCCUCUCCCAGAAUACCAUGAUGAAUAUCAUUCAAACCAUCAUGCAGGAGGCGGAAAAAGGCGGUCACCCCACAAGCGAGGACAUUGAGUUUCUCACAGAACUCUUUUUGACCAUUGGGGAAAGCCUGGACGCCGUACCGGAGCUACGGCUGCGGGUGGAUAGGUACUUUGAGCUGCUGGAGGUCCUAAAGGAGCAAAAGGAUGUGUACCCGCCGCGUAUUCGCUUCAAGAUACUCGACAUCAUUGAACUGCGGAGUAAGUUUAACUGGGAGCGGCGUAAGGCGGGGGCACCCAAGACGUCUCCUCCGACGCAGCGAGAGACACCGCGCGUGACGGACAAGACCGCCAUGCGACCCUCGACGAGUGCCUCGUCCAAUGGAGCCAAGAAGGGACGGUAUGGCGGCGCUCCCGAUGCGGCUUCACAGCAAGCAGCACCAGCACCAGCACCAGCUUCCGCACCAGCCAAGGCGGCGGCUGGGGUGAUGGGUGGUCGCAGCUGGAGCAACAUUGUCAAAACUGCACUGAUACCAGACGAUGCUCCUGUGACUCGAGUUGUUGAACCGGUGAACUUUGAGGCGCGUGUGAGCUGCCUCUUCCAGCAGUGGGUGGCUGAGUGCUCGAACGACUUUAUUCCGGAAUGGAUGGACGAGUUCCGUGAUUGCCAGCGGCAGUUCGACUCGGAGGAUGCCCUUUGCAAGGCGGCGGCGGCGGUGGUGGUGCGGGAGGCGUGUAUGACCACAAAGAAGGAGGCGCAGCGGGAAGCAAGCAGCUUUCUUAUCGUAGGCCUCUUCCUGGCGGAUGACGAGGUCCUGGACGGCUUUGCGAUGGCGUUGGUCUCCGCCAUCGAGGAGGGGAUCUUGGAGGACGUGCCUAAGUUUAGUGAGCGCUUCAUCAACAUGCUUCGCAUCACCUCCGGCGAGAACACCAUCGCAGAUGUCUACUACGACACGGCACGCGUGCUGUGCACGGCGUACGCCUUAAUGCAGGAGCCCGACGAGGUGGUGCUUGACACCAUGAUGGGGUUCUGGGAGAAAAUCCCUUGCCCCGCCACUGACGAGAACGCCCUCCUGCCGCUUGAAGUGGUGCAGUCAUUGAUGGAAAUGUCCACAGGUGGACAGGCCCCGCUUACCGGCCGCAUCAUCGCCUCGCUGUACUCCAUUGGUCUCGUGCAUGACGAGACUGUGAACGAGUGGCUUGCAACCCCGCACGACAGCAUCGGUGCUGCGGUGGUUGAGGCGUUUAAGCAUGCGACGAAGUGA